AUGGAGUGUGGCGGCAGCGGCGGGUGGGUCCGCGGUCGGUGCCUCGGGCGCGGCUCCACGGCCGCAGUUCACUUGGCUUCCUCCCCCACCGGCGCUGGCGCCGGCGAGGGGCGGAGCUUCGCCGUGAAGUCGGCGGAGGCGGCCCGCGCGGCGCCGCUGAGGAAGGAGUGCGAGAUCUUGUCGUCCCUGUGCAGCCCCCACGUGGUGUCCUGCUUCGGCUCCGGCGUGACCGCGGAGGCCGACGGGCGGGUGCUGUACAAUCUCUUCCUCGAGUACGUCCCCGGCGGCAGCCUGGCCGAGCUCGCCAAGCGGCGCGGCGGCCUCGACGAGCGGACCAUAAGCGGGUACACGCGCGGGAUCCUCAGCGGCCUCGCCUACCUCCACUCGGCGGGAAUCGUCCACUGCGAUCUCAAGGGCCACAACGUCCUCGUCGUCGGCGCCGGUGAGGAGGAGGACGACGACGGCGGGGUCAAGCUGGCCGACUUCGGCUGUGCCAGGCGCGACUCCGCGUGCGGCCACCAACCGGGGGUCGUCGCCGGAACGCCGCUGUUCAUGGCGCCGGAGGUGGCCCGGGGGGUGGAGCAGGGACCGGAGGCCGACGUGUGGGCCCUCGGCUGCACAGUGAUCGAGAUGGCCACCGGGCAGCCGCCGUGGCUCGAUGUCGCCGACCCGAUCGCCGCCAUCCACCGGAUCGCCUUCUCCGCCGACGCGCCAGAGCUCCCGAGCCACCUCUCCGACGGCGCCAGGGACUUCCUAGGGAAGUGCCUCGACAGGGAUCCCCGGAAGCGAUUGUCAGCGGCGGAACUGCUGGAUCACCCCUUCGUCCGCUGCGACAAGGCGUCCCUCCCCCCGGCGAGCAUCUCCUAUCAUGCGAAGAGGAAGAAUUCUCCCAAGAGCGUUCUCGAUCAGGACCUCUGGGAAUCGUGGAGAUCAGAGGACGAAGAGCCGGAGUACCAGUCGCCGGUGUACCCGUCUCCGGAGUCCAUCGCGGAACGCCUCGGACGGCUGUCGGGCGUCGGCGUUUCGCCGACUCAAGCGGCCGAGGAGACCUGGGAGGAGGAGGAGAACUCCUGGGUUACCGUCAGGAACAGCGCCCAGGGCGCCGGAAGGGGCUUCGCCCCAUCGGAUUCCUACGACGAGCUGCCCACGAAAAGGGGCACACUCCCGGAAGACGGACAAGCCUGUGCCGUCAGCGACGAGGGGCACAUGCCGGCGGCGGCGACGACGGAGGGGUCUUCGCUCUUCGGCGACUGGCUUCUGUUAAUUGACGAAGCUAGCAGUUUGAGCAAUUCCUGUACACAAUUUUCUACCAAUGAUGAAUUCAAACUACAAGAUUUAUAA